AUGGAUGGCCUGGUUGUGUGCGAAGGAUGCAGUUCUCACGCGCAAGCUAGGGCUGGAGCCGCCAGCUCUUCAUCCUGCCCGCCGGCGGCGAGUCUUCCUGUCCCGCACUUCCGCCUCCCCAUUAUCACAGCCCCUGAGCAAAAGUUGCUGGAGUCUUUGAAGGAGUUGGAGAAGUCUCUAGCGAUGCAAGUUCGUCUUAAACCUGAGUCCGAAUCCAAUUUCGUGGGAACAAGCAUAUAUUCCAUGAACUUUCCAUUAGAUUCAGUGGACAGGUUCAUCUGGUCCUUUACUCCUCACAUAAUAACUGUGAAACUUAAUGAGGAAGGUUAUCCUUUCUUCAAGGACUGGAAGUUUCCUGUAGUCUUCAUUUUGGCCAUGUACCUUCAAACUGAACCAAAAAUGUUGAUAAGACAUGGGCUGGACUUACUUCCGAUGUGCAAUAUUUUCGGUAAAGUGAUUCAAGUGAAACUGGGAAUUGGACGUGCGCUCUUCUACUCGGCUACUCGGACGUGCCCUCAGGGUACUCAGCUCAUGAGCCUCCCACUAUUCCUUGUGAAGCAGCAAAUGCAACAUACCUAA